AGAAAUUUAUGAUACUGGGCUUUCUCUCACCUGGCAUGUCAGUGCUUAGCAGUUAGAUUUUUACACUGAUUAACGACCAUCACUCGCCAAACGAGAUGUCAGCACGCAUCUUUCUGAUCCGACACGGCGAGACCGACUGGUCUCUGGGGGGCAAACACACGAGUUAUUCGGACAUUCCCCUGUCCAAGGCAGGAGAGAAGCAGGUGGAAGACACCAGAAACCUGGUUAUCGGGGAAGGCAAGCUGAUAGAUCCACGAACGAUUUCCCGGAUUUACGUCUCUGCCAAACAGCGAACUCGCCGUACAGUUGAAAUCCUCGGCCUCGGAGUCCACAACCACCAACAUUUUUACGAUCGAGCAACCCAAAGCACCCAGACGACAGCAAUUGCACCGACAAAGGGCCAGGUAGCCGAGGCCACAAUCCAGGUGACGCCCUGGCUCCAAGAAUGGGAUUACGGCGAGUACGAAGGAAUGACUAUCUCGGAUGUACAUCGCGUGCGGAACCAGCAGGGGUUGGAUAAAGAUCGACAGUGGAGUAUCUGGGAGGACGGAUGUCCUGGCGGAGAAUCCCCCCAACAAGUCUCCGACCGCCUCGAUAAUCUAAUCCACGAGAUCCGAUCCGUGAUUGAAAGCACCGCGGCCAGUUGGCCUGGGGGCCAGGUGGUGGCUCAUGCGGCCGAGGAACCCCGGGAUGUGGUGUGUAUUGGACAUGGGCAUAUUCUUGCUGGACUGGCACUUCGAUGGGCGGGACAGCCAUUGCGGAAUGGGAUGCGGUUGCUGAUGGAGCCGGGUGGAGUGGCUGUUUUGGGGUUUGAGCAUGAUGAUUUGAAGCAGCCUGCUAUUUUACUGGGACGGAGGUUGCUUAGAUAGAUGUGAUUUUAUUAUUUGAGUUAUGGAUACUAUAAUUCAGUAAAAUUUACUGAGAAUUAGAUAUGUCCAUUAAGCCUGGACAUGAAGCCGCAAGAGGCCAGUUGGCUGCGAGGAAAUGGAAUCUUUCUACUGCUCUCUGGUCGAUCUUUUCCCCCUCGCCUUGUUUUAGCUGCUUUAUUUGGUCUACCAGAUUCAGAUCUCCAAUAGG